AAAAUUUCUAACUCAUAACUCUAUUACCGUUUCUGAGAUGAGUUUGUGGCUGGCUGCUACCUUAUAAUUCUUCCCUCCCCUCUCUCACAAUAACCAAAUCGACCUUUGGUUCCAGUCUUUUCAAAGACUAUUCGGUUUUCGUUUUGUUCGCAGGCGUGAUACAGAUUUUCUCAAUUGUACUGCGAUUUACGACCAACUUCCACCUGUAUUUGUGGCAAUCGCUAUACAAAAAAGACAUGACGUUCUUCUCUGAAGCUAAGUUCCGUUUUUUGCCUGUUCCUGAAGAUGGAAGAAUAGAAACGGAUCCAUUUUUGAAAGCCUGUACCGAAAUAGUUCCAUUCUUUGAUGUUCUUGGUCCUACGACCUUUGCACCAGUAAAAAUGGACAUUAAUGGAAACAUCAAGAAACUUAGAGCUAUUUAUGAAAAAAGUCCACAAAAGUUCAGGGUCCUACAAAGCAUCGUUGAUAAUGAGAUUCAAGCAAAGACGACUACAGCUAAGAAUUCUGGUACAGAUGCUCUUUUGUGGCUCAAAAGGGCUAUGCAAUUUGUUCUAGCCUUUCUAAAGCAAGUUCUCACUGGAGAGCAGGACUUGGUCAAAUGUGCUAAUACUGCAUAUGAGAAAACAUUGAAGCAGUAUCACAACUUUAUAGUAAAAGGAAUCUUUAGUCUUGCAGUGAAAAGUGUACCAUACCGCAAGGACUUUAUUAAGCUGCUGAGUAGAGGAAAUGCUGAUGAACUAAGCCUGUUGGAAGAGAUGCAGAACUUUGUAGAUGAAUUAGAUUCCAAUAUCCAUGUCAUUCAAGAAUAUUAUAAUGAUAAUGGACUUGAUCUUUCCUAAUUGUUGAGCUAAUUCUUGAUAUUCCCUAAUUAUUGAGCUAUUUCCAUGAUUUUUAUCCUCCAGACUCUGGACGGGAGUGGAGGGGGAGGUGGGAUCCAGGACUUUCGUUAAGGGAGUUCAUAUAAAAGUUUGACUGCUUGGCUACCUUCUUUCCUGGACCUCUAUUAAGGGUGUAUUUAUUGUCUUUUUAUAAGGGCUUCAAUCUAAUCAAUAUGGUCUAAAAAAGGGGUUGGUAUUUCUCAUUUAGGGGUUUGUUUGCAGUUUAGGGGAUUCGUACAAAUUC